AUUUCCUGCGACGGGAUUUGUGUUCUCGUCACAUGUUUUGACGGUAGCUUGAAAAUUUGAAGAUUUGAUUUAUUAACGCUCAGUUCAGUUGAAUUGUCUCGUAUAUUGAAAAUCAUGUCGUUUUUAGAGGACGAGUGCUCGAGCAGCCUAACGGGUGCACAUUCACGACUGGAGAGCUAUGUUUUUAGCUGUCAGUUAUCCUCUGAAGUGCCCUUCUACACCUUUCAAGGCGAGGAGGAAGAGGAUUUGGAGCAUUUUUUAGAGCUCCGUACGAUCUGCCUUGGGGAAGGGGCUAAAGAGGAGAACAAUGUGGUGGAGGUGACUGCCAUGAAUCACCAAGGGAAGAAGAUUUCAGUGCCAGUAGCAAAUCUCCACAUAUCUUGUCUUCCCAUGGUAAGCCUGGGAGAAUUUGAAUUGAUGGCACCUGUGACGCUACGCCUGAAAUCAGGAAGUGGGCCGGUGACUGUUAGUGGAUUACAUCUAGUUGCUUCAGAGAAUGAAGAGUCAGAAGUAUCUGAUGAAGAUGAUGACUCUGAGGAGGAAAUGCCCCCCAUUAAGCCAGCCAAAAAGAAACAGAAAGUGUAGAGUCAACAUUUUAUGAAGAUUUCACUAAGUUUUAUACAACAUAAUGUUCCAUACAUUUUCAAUACAGUUAAUAUGGACAGCAGAGCAAAAAAAAAAAAAAAGUGAAGGUUGAAUAUUUUUUAAAGAAUUAUGUGGACUAGCUCCAUGUACAUUUUGUGAUUCUUCAAGUGAAAAGUGUUUUAACAGUUAACCUGUUAAGUUCCAAAAUGCUGUACGUUUUUGUGUAGUACAAGCAGUUCUUGCUUGUCUUUGGCUAUAGGAUAUGUGGCAUUUCGGAACAAAACUGUAUUUCCUUGUGGAGUUAAAACGUUUACUGUUCAUUUGUUGAGGGACAGUUAAAGGUUCACUAAGAAAUGUUUUCAUAUUGUUGGAUUACUAUUAAUUAGCCUUAAGGACAUUCACCAGCACUGUUUCCUGCAGCUGUGCAAGCGUGACUUUAACUUUUUUUUUUUCCUUCUUAAAUGUGGUAAGGGUGUUGAUGGCACAUUUCAAUGAUAAGUGUUGAAACACAAAGGACUGCCAUGGUUGACUUUUUUGUACAUUUUAUAGGUUUUCUGAAUUAAAAUACUUUCAUCUGUA